UACAGGGCCAGGGUGUGGCUACCACCACAAAUAGCUUUCAGUUAGGAAUUUGUAAACCACCGUGCGCGUGGUUAUUCAGGUCUCUGGGUUUAGGAGGGAAAAACCCUAUUGUUUUCCACUUCUGAACAAAACUGCCCUUGUCCUCUGCAGCUUCCUCACAGCCUCCUUAAAAUGCUUGGCUGAAAACAGGCCUUCGCGAUGUGUAUUUACUGUAAUUGAAAAUAAAAAACGCUGAAAACAGGCCAUCAGCUGGCCUUAGAAACCCUCACACCCAAAAUGGAAACUUCAAGGCUGUUCUAAACUAGUGAGGACAACUAAAACGGAGGGGAAGCCCUCCCAAAGGUAAAGUUCUCUGGACCAUCUCCACGCCCAAAGGAGCCAGAAAGGUGUCACACAACCCAGAGAGCCGGGUCCCCAAACUGUGGGACCCACAAGGCCCAGCACGCCUGUGCGGAGGCCCCGCCCCACGAGGCCCCGUCCCACCCACGAGGCCCGCCCCUCACGAAAAGCCCCGCCCCCUGCUGGUGCUGCUAUAGAAACCCAGAAAGCCCCAUGGCUGCUGCCCGUGGCAGAAAAGUGAUUUUGAAAGUGCCGGCGGCAGACCCAGCCAAGUUACCUUCACCGCCACCUCUGCCACGGCCCUCAGCACCCGCCCCCGGGAGGCCUAAGAAGUGUCUGGUGUAUUCGCAGCCGCCGAAGAGCUGCCGCCUGUCUCCGACCCUCCUGCGCUGGCUCCAGAGCCUGGACCUCACCUUCUUCCCCAGGAACGUCAACAGGGAUUUUUCCAACGGCUUCUUGAUAGCAGAAAUAUUCACUAUACAUUACCCCUGGGAACUUAGAUUGUCAUCCUUUCAAAACGGAACUUCCUUAAAAGUCAAGUUGGAUAACUGGGCACAGUUAAAACAGUUCUUGGCCAAAAAGAAAUGGAAGUUACCUAAAGAACUAAUCUAUGGAACAAUUCACUGUAAAGCAGGAGUACCGGAAAUACUGAUACAAGAAGUUUACACCUUGUUAACACAGCGAGAAAUUAAAAGUGUCCAGGACGAUCCUGUGAACUUCACAGACUAUAGUUACCAGAUGCAAUUGCCCCUGGUCCCUAGGUCAACGGCUUCGAAGUCUAUCAAAGAUAACAUUAGGGUGUCAGAAUUAAUAAGUAAUCCCAAUAUGCUCAGCAAUGAAUUUAAAAUUGAUUUCCUCUUCCUUUUACAAAUGUUGCGAAGAAAAAUAAGCAGAAGGUUGAAUCCAAACUGGUUUGAUGUCAAACCGACCGUGGGAGAACUUACUCUGGACCGCCUUCCUGCGCGGGCCCCUCGGCACAAACCUAAAUCAGUGAUUUCCAGGCCACCAGCUGUUCCUGCUUUACCGAAUAUAAAUGACAAUGGCAAUUUAAUUAAAACAACGUAUGUGAAGCACUCUGGAACACCUCCUUUUGAAUCUUUGACGGAACCCAUCAAACCUGAACAAGGACUGAAAGAAGUGAGGCCAACCCCUCCCACCACACUGAAGGCAUAGACUGGUCUACCCUGGGAUACAUUUCAAUGAUAGGUACAGUAAAGCGGUGUCCUAUCCAUAAUUGUACCAAAGAACAUGUUUCUUUUAGUUCUAGGCAACAACCACCUAUUAAAAACACCCGUGUCCCAUACUGUUGAAAUGCAAAGUUGAAUGAGUUAGUAUGGAAUGAACAAAAAUAAUUUAAAGGUACAGUGAACCAGAAUUCACCCUGACAAGUGAGCAUUUUUUUGCAUAAAUUUUGUAGGGAUAUUUUCCUCACUAGAAAUGAAAGGAGUUACGAGUUUGCCUGAUACUAUUUAUUUACACAUCUCAUUUAUAACUAAAACAUUGUGAAUGGUUAUUAUUAGACUUUGGCCCAUAGGAAACUCGUGCACCUUGAAACAUAGCCUUAAACAUUUUUAUAAAAUAGGUGUCUUUCCCAUUCAUAUUGAGUCAUAGAAGAGGAAAACACUUUGCUUAAAAAUCGGCCCUGGUAUUGAGCAAUCCGUUUAAUUCAACUUAGCUUUACCCGCCCCCCAUAUGUUUAUUGAAGGGAAACAAAAGCAGGGUGAUAUCCUGAAAGACUGAUCGUCUUUCAUACAUAUUUGGGAAUUUCGUGUUCAUACUUGGAAAAUUUUCUUUCACUGGGAUUCUUCCUGUUUGUGCACAAUCUCAUGAGCAGUCUCCCUUGACUCCCGAAUGGAACGUCAUGAGUGGUGAGUCCCAGGGCGGGUCUGUCCGCUAACCUGCAGCACCUUCUCUGCCUUUUUGAAGGUUCGCACAGUUUUAUUAGAAUUUCUUCCUCCAGAGACCUCCUUGUUUAAUUUUACA